AUGAGUAAUAAUAUACCUGAUAAUACUAGUAAUAGUACUAGUAGACUACAGCUGUCUCUGUCACCACGUGAUAUUCGGCAGCAACCAAUGAGUCUUCAUACUCAGCAGCAACAACCACAACAGCAACUAAAGCCACAAUUAUCAGGCGACAAUGCAUCAUCUUCACUUACACAUAUACUGACAGAAGCAAUAGGAGAAGAAGAAGAGGAAGAAGAACAGGAGAGACAACAAGGAGGCUUGCUAACUCCACAGUACGCUUCACCUUCACCUUUACCUCCUUCUUCUUCUUCUGGCUUUAGAAAAUUCUCCAUAUCAGAAUCAUUCAAUAGUCUUAAUAAUAAUAAUAAUUAUAAUCAACCACCUUUUGAAUUUGGAGGUAGAAGUUAUAUUGGUAUGGCUCAUAGAGGAUCAUUCAGUUGUAAUAUGAGUUCACCUUCUGUUAAUGCAGGAGUUGACGUACAUGAACAAACUGUGAGUUUGGCAAAUAUAGGUGUUGUCAGUAGUGAUAGCGAUGAAGAGUCCCAGCAGCAACAGCAGCAACGUCAGAGAGAUGUUGAAAGUUUUAAUGACUCAUAUGGUAGUCCCAUUUUAGAUUUACAACUAGUUGACUCAAUAACAACUCCAUUAAUACAAACCCCACAAAAAUCAUAUGUUGAAGAUCAUGAUCGUUCUUCUUCAGUUUCAUCAUUUACAGAUCUCGAAUCAGGAUCUAUUAGAAAACCACCAAGGAAUCACAAUACCAUUACCACUCCAACUGAAAAGCAACACCCAAAACCAAGUAUUUUGCAUCAAGUAAUCAUUCAACCUUUCACAUAUCUCCCAGCGGUAUUUUUAGGUACUUUACUCAACAUUUUAGAUGGAUUAUCAUAUGGGAUGAUUAUGUUCCCUAUUGGUGAUGCGAUAUUUUCUUCAUUAGGACCAAGUGGAUUAUCGAUGUUUUAUAUCUCAUGUAUUGUUUCCCAAUUAAUUUAUUCCCUUGGUGGAUCGGCAUUUAAAUCAGGUAUUGGAUCGGAAAUGAUUGAAGUUACUCCGUUUUUUCAUACUAUGGCAUUAGCUAUUGCAUCACAAAUGAAGCUGGAUUCUCAAGAUGCUAUUAUCGCAACUACUAUAACCACAUAUGCCGUAUCUUCAAUUGUCACCGGAUUGGUAUUCUUCUUGCUUGGGAAAUGUAAAUUAGGGGUAUUGGUUGGAUUUUUCCCUAGACAUAUUUUAGUCGGGUGUAUUGGAGGGGUGGGAUAUUUCUUGGUGGUUACAGGUAUAGAAGUAUCAUCAAGAUUAGAAGGUGGAUUAGAAUAUAAUUGGGAAAUUUUCAAAUAUUUAUUCUUCAAUUAUGAAACCUUAUUACAAUGGACCAUUCCAUUAUUCCUUGCCAUAAUCCUAAUCCUUAUCCAACAUAAAUAUCAUAACUCCCUUAUCGUCCCAUUAUAUUUCAUAGCCGUUUUCAUAAUCUUCCACCUCAUCGUCGCCCUCAUCCCCAAUUGGUCCCUCCCCCAACUCCGUCAUUCCGGCUGGAUCUUCCCCGCCGUGGAAGAUAAUGAACCAUGGUAUCAUUUCUAUACAUUAUAUAAAUUCAAUCUCGUCAAUUGGUGGGCCAUCCUCGCUCAAUUCCCCACCAUGCUUGCAUUAACCUUCUUCGGAAUCCUUCAUGUCCCCAUCAACGUCCCCGCAUUAGCAGUCACGGUCGGAAUGGAUCAAGUCGAUGUUGAUCGAGAAUUAAUGGCUCAUGGAUAUUCAAAUUUCUUGAGUGGAUUAGUUGGUAGUAUUCAGAAUUAUUUGGUAUAUACCAAUUCUGUAUUAUUUAUUCGUGCUGGUGCCGAUGCUAGAUUUGCUGGGGUGAUGUUGGCAAUAGCCACGGCGGGGGUUAUGAUGAUUGGACCUCUGAUUAUUGGAUAUAUCCCUGUUUGUGUCGUUGGUGCCUUGAUUUAUUUAUUGGGUUAUGAAUUAUUAAAAGAAGCAGUGUAUGAUACUUGGGGCAGAUUGAAACGGAUUGAAUAUAUGACGAUUAUAAUUAUUGUUGUAACUAUGGGAGCAUUUGAUUUUGUGGUUGGGAUCUUUAUUGGGAUUUUAUUGGCUUGUUUGUCGUUUGUGGUUGAAGCGGGGAGGACUCCCGUUGUGCAUGGGGUUUAUUCUGGGAGUGUUGCUAGAUCGACGGUGUUGAGACAUCCUAAACAACAGGAAUUUUUGAAGGAUGUGGGUGAUCAGAUUUGUAUUAUUAAGUUACAAGGAACGAUUUUCUUUGGGUCGAUUGGUGGGGUUGAGGAUGUUAUUAGGAAUAAAUUUGAACAUGAAAGGUUUAAUUUGAAUCCGAUUAAGUUUUUGAUUGUGGAUAUGAAGGGAGUUCAAUCAUUGGAUUUUUCAGCUGCUGAAGGGUUUAGAAGGAUUUUGAAGUUGACAAAGGAGUUUAAUACAUUGUUGAUUAUUUCUUCGGUAGCUGAAGAUGGAGAGAUUAUUAAAGGAUUAAGAGAUGCUGGAUUAUUUGAUAAUGACAAUAAUAAUGAUAAGAUUGAAUUAUUUAAUUCUUUAAAUCAUGCAUUGGAAUGGUGUGAAAAUACAUUCUUAAAAACAUAUAAAUCAAUCAAGAAACAACAAAAAUCCCAUCACCCAAAUAAUCAUCCAUAUUCAAUAAUCUCAGCUCGUGCUGUCCCAAAAGAAUCUUCUACAUCUAUGUUUCAAUCCCCUUCGUUAUCAAAAUAUGAUCUAGGAACUCCCAGGACAACAAAAGUUUUACAAGCAGCAACAAGAACUAUUUCCGACGAACAAAAGAUCCAUAAACAAUAUCAUCAACCCGAUAAUUCCAGCUUCAAGGUCCAACCAUUACCAUUAAUAAUGGUCACAUUCCAAGGACUUUCAGAUAAACCAGUUGAAUUUUGGAAGAAAUUAGCUCCAUGUUUCGUUAAAGAGAGUAUCCCGGCCAAUAUCACAUUUUAUGAAAGUAAUAAUACCCAACCACAAUUUUUCAUUGUUGAAUCAGGAUUAAUUAGAUCGGUUAUAAAGUUUGAAAAUGAAGGUCGGGAAUUACAUAGUAGUAUAUUACCCCUUGUUGCAUUUGGGAAUCUUGUAAGUGAUAAUAAUAAUAAUAUUCCAGGAGAUAGUUCUAGACAAUGUAUAUAUACCACAGUUAAUGAUUCAGUUGUUUGGAAAUUAUCAAAAGAGAAGUUGGAAUCGGAGAUGAAGAAAUGUGGUAGUAGUGGACAGGAAAUUAUUUGUGAAUUAUUGAGAAUUGAAAGUAAAUUGAUUAGAGAACGGUUUGAUAGUAUGACUGCGAAUUUGAUUAUUUCUGGUUAA